GGUGAAUACAACUGUUGCCCAUGGUGUUGUGAAUCAUAUUUUAUAAUUUAAAGAUUCGUCGGUUUUUAUAGUGCCACUUGCAAUAUUUUUAAAACACUUUAAACACUAUCGUGUGUAUUAUGUAGAAACACACUUAUAAUAUCAAAGAAUUCGUUGACAUUCUUUGGAUAAAAAACAUCUAACCUAUCGCUGAAUGAUUUAAAUGAUCGUAAUGUCAUAUUAAACGAUCAAAAAUCGUUGUAUGAUGUACAGUAAUUAAAAUUACGUUGUACUGUACGUAAUUAAUUUAUGACCCUAAAAUCGAUGUUAUCAUGUAGUUAGUGCGUUAUGAAUCACGUAUGAAUAUUAUUCAAGAAGUACAAUAAUUAUCUCGUUUUUGAAACAGUAUUUUUCAUAAUAUUGCUUAUCAAAAUGGUGAAUGAGGAGAGCCAGUUUGAUACAGAUGUAAAUCUUUACUUUGUUGUGCCAAAGAAGUAUAACUCUGAAGAUGAUUGUGUGGAAGACAUGUGGCAUGCAUAUAAUAAAUGUUGCGAGCAUGACUUACAACCAACAUGGAUCGCAGAGGUGAAAUGUAAUAAAAUGAAACCUGCUAAAAAUGAUGUUUUUAUAAUGGAAGAAUUUGAAGGUGAUAUAUUUGAGAAUUUAAAGACAUUCAAAUGCCCGAUAGUUGGACCUAGAUGUUUAUUACUUUGCUUUAUUAAUGGAGAACCAAUUCCAGAAGGAAGAAGUCCAGUAUAUACAACAGCUAUGAGAGGACUUUGUAUUUGUGCUUCUGGUUUUCCACAGAAAGAAAAAGAACACAUAGAAAAAUUGGUAGAAUAUAUGGGAGGUAUUUUCACAAAACAAUUACGAAGUCGUGUAACGCAUCUUGUAACAGCAUCUGUGAUGUCAGCAAAAUAUGAGACUGCUAUAGAUAUGCAAAUACCAAUAGUUACGAAGGAAUGGAUUGAAGCAAUUUGGGAAACAAAUUUAAAGGAUUUUGUUAAAGCAGAUGAUAAUAUGUUUGAUAAAUACAAAGCUUCCGUUUUCCUUAAUUUAGUUGUAACGUCGUCGAAUCUUCCAAAACGUCAAAAAGAAGAAAUCAAACAAUUAAUCAAUAAUCAUGGAGGGACUUUCAUGGGCCCUUUAGAUGGUGCAAAAGUGAAAGUUGUACUUGCACCUGAAAAUAGCCCAGUGAGCGAAAAACUAAAAUAUGCAAAACGAGCAAACAUUGCCUGUUUAACUCCAGAUUGGGUGUAUGAAAGCAUAAAAGUUAACUAUGCUUUACCUUUCAAAAAUUUUUUAAUAAAAUCAUUAAAAGCAUGUUCUACUCCAGAGCGACAGAGUGGAUAUGAAACUCUUAAUUGCUCAACAAUAAGUGCCAUAACAUUAGACCUGCAACCUGGUCAGUGUGUAGACGAAAGUUUAAUGACAACAACAAUGAGUAGUGUAUCCAAUUUUGACUUUGUACCCAACAGUUCUUCUGGCAGAACAGUUAUGAUUUUGGACAGACUCACAUUCGGUGAAGCAAAAACGGCUGGUCCGUUUUUAGAUGGGUGCAAUAUUUAUCUUGCUGGGUUUUCUUCUAGUCAAAGGGAUAAGCUUAACAAAAUAUUAAACGUUGGUAGCGCAACGCGACUCGAUGACAUAUCGGACGCUUUAACACACGUUAUCAUCGGAGAUGAAAAUAGAGCGGCAAACGAUCUGAAAUUAAUGAAAUCGAAAGGAUUAUGUCCGUAUACAUUAAGUUUGGAAUGGUUAGAAGAGAGCAUCAAAUUAAAACGACCUGCGCCAGAAGAAAAUUUCUUAUUUCAACGAAAAUGUAACAUAGCAGAAACAGUUCCAGAACCACCAUCUCCAUUAAGCAAAAGAAAUUUACAGAUGUUACAAAAACCGAGAAAGGUCCCCAUACCAUCUUUUGAUAUAGACAAAAAAUUGGCAACGCUCGAAAAAGAGAAAGAAGCUGAUCUCGUCCAACAAUAUCUUCAAGAUACAGUCGUUGCAGCAAAUGAUACAACAAUGCAAGAUUUGUUAAAAUCACAUAGAACUGUCCCAGACGAUAGUAAUGAGAAAACUAUAAAUACCGAUUGUAAGAGUCAAGCAAAACAGUUAAAAAACACAUUAGCGUCUGAAACAGCACAGAGCAAAAAUGCAGCUGAUGAUAGUGCAGUACCGAUCAGUCAGUCUUCAGCUAUAAAUGAUAAACUAUUUGAAGGGCAUACGUUUGUCGUAACUGGCUUCAGCGAUGAAGAAAGUUACAUAGCCGGGACUAUCGUAGCGAUGGGUGGAACAGUUGUUUCGAGCACGUUUGCUGGUAUACCUGAUUAUGCCGUUGUACCAAAAUGUGGUGCACUUUUAAAACAUACAGUAAAUGAAAUCGUUACCGAGUUGUAUAUUGAAGACUGUUUAAAUCAAGAAUUAAUAGUCGACAUUAUGUAUUACCAUAGACCACUGUCUAUAAAGAAACAUUUGAAUCCAUUAUCAGGCUGUAUUAUUACAAUGAGCAUGUAUACUGGCGUAGAACGAACAUACCUUGCGACUUUAGCUACGGAAUUGGGUGCAAUGUGUCAGGAUAUUUUUGUACGUAAAACCAAUGUUGAGAAAAAUACUUACGGAAGCACGCAUUUAGUUUGUCCGACGCCAGAAGGAAAUAAGUAUAAUGCGGCGGUGAAGUGGAAAUUGCCGGCUGUUACCGCUGAGUGGUUAAAAGCUUGUGCAGCUCAAUUAAAACGAGUCGAUGAAACUCCAUACCUUGUAGGAGAAACCAUGGCCCCGGAAAGACCUCACGAAAGUUGCGUUGCGGAUACAAGUUUAUCUAAUAGCAAUGUAAGUCAAAUGACUCCUCCGAUUGAACCAGCAAUUAGAAACAUUAUUACACCAAAACGACAUUUUCCUCAUCUACAAAACCAAGAUGGUAGUUCCGGUGACACGCCGCUAAUAAAUAAGAGGCUUAGUUUACUUAUGAAUAAAACUCCACAAUCGCCAUUCCAUGUCUCUACACCAGAAACACCAUAUGGUCAGAUAUUCAAACCAAAUCCCUCGCCAGAGACACGAAAAGCUUGGGUCAAAUGGGCUGACAAUUUUCCAGACCUAAGGGUAGAGGAACCUCCUUUAAAGAGGAGACCGCCCAGCACUCCUCUUUCCGAGCUGAAAAGACAAUUGUGGCAAAAGCUAAAAAAUCAAGCCAAUAAUUUGGAAGAUGAGGCGCAUGAAAGAACACCUGCUGAUGACAAUCGGCGAGCAAUAGACACACCGAAAGCAUCGAAUAGUGACAGCGACAGUAAAGUAACUGGUACAACUCCCAUUAAUCGAAAGUUGGACUUCCAUGAAGAUAGUCCGUUACAAAAUAAUGAAAUUAAUCUGCAAAUUGCACAAUUAGAUCAAGUACUCCAGAGGACAUCAAGUACACCCGAGAACAGAUAUUCUCUCUCUGGAGAAAAUGCGAACGCAUACACCGCAGAGCCAUCUGAUCCCAUACAGAAAUUUAGCGUAAAAGAUUCUCAACCUAUCGAUGCUAUCGUAUGGGAAGACCCAAGUCACUCCAGACGUACGACAAUACACGAGGAGCAAAAUGAGAGAACGGCUCCCGACCAUUCUAUAGCAUACAUGGAAGAAGAAUUGCCAGAAGAGCCCGAACCUCCAAAAAAACGGAAAUUCAUGCUUUCAGGGAUAAAAGACAGAACAUCGUACGAACAAGUGAUAAGAGACCUCGGUGGCGACGUAUCGAUGGAUGCUAAUUUUGAUAUUAGUGCGACGCAUUUGCUUUGCCUUAGACCUGCAAGGAACGAAAAAAUGCUUGGCAGUAUAGCAUCUGGAAAAUGGGUACUACAUUGCAUGUACCUCCGAGAUUCGGAACAGGAAGGCGAAUUCCUUGAUGAAGAAAAAUAUGAAUGGGGGAAUCCGAAAAGCAAAGGUAUCAUACCAGAUCCAUCGGGAGAAAUCGAAGUGAUGAUCGCAGCCGCUGCUUACAGAUGGAGGCUUCAGUUAUUAAAGGAACCACUCGGAGCAUUUAACAAUAUGGUGGCUUUACUAUUAGUUUCCGGAGAGAAGUACGAUCAAUUUAAGAGAUUGAUCGAAGCUGGAGGCGGUAAAGUUGUUCAAGCAAGACCACCGUACGACACAAGUCCGACGGGAAAGAAAAUCACUCAUUGCUUCGUGAACGUGAGGCAAGUCAGCCAGCCGAUCGAUUGGGCAAUGCUGGCGAACAAAGGUAUCCUAUGUUUCCUGCCGCAGUAUUUGAGCGAUUAUCUCACAGCGCAAACACCAUUAAAUCCACGAGAUUGCGUAAUACCGGAAUUUAAGAAGUACCUAACGCUGUUACCGAAAUAAAACUUUACUAAAUAAUGGUAUUUUUUGUACGGUAGCAUUUAAAGAUUUACAUCCAUAUAUGGCAAAAAAAAACACCGAUUGUCAUAUAUUUUUAAUCUCUUGUACAGAAACUUUAUAAUAUCGAAUGGCACAUUAAAGU